UCGGGGGUUCCCCAAUUUGCUAUUUAUAUAUCAACUGCACUAUAAAUGGCGAAGGAUCAAGUGCAAGGGCAUCAAUAUCAUUUAUCCAGUAGCGCGUGACUGAGUUCUGAAGCAUUUAGAGAAGAGUUUGUGCAAAGUCUUCUUCUCAUUAAAAAGUUAAAAUGGACAAUCGUGGGAAGCAAUGUAAUCCCACCCACACCCCAUCUGGCCCAGGACAUGCCGCCGGGUACCACGGAAGUGGUACCAAAGCUGACCUGGACAAUCACGCCAACCAGGGCAAUCCAAACAACCCAUCCUACGCAGCCAGUAGAGGAAAUACAGGUGGAGGAAAGUAAUAUGCCGAUCCUGUCAACGCAGAACAUUUAACCCUUCAUUUAUUAACAAAUAUGUAUGAAUAACUAUGUCUCUGUAGUAUAGGAAUUAAAUAGAGUUAAUUAAUCACGUGAGAGGUUAAGAGAAGGAACUAUGCCAUUAAUUAACUUUAUUUAAAUUUUGUAUGCUGAAUUGAAGUGAGUAAUAAAUAUGAAGGUGUAAAACGACAAAAUAAAA